AAAAACAAAAUAAAUAGCUCGAGACGGAAGCGGAACAACCGAUGUGUUUAGCUUGAACGUUUAGACAACUUUUAAUGUUGUAAAUUGUUGCCUUUUUUGCACCCCCGUCAAACACCAAUAACCCCCUCAACUCUGUAUUCUCUGGUCCAAUUUCAAGAUGUUUAACAGACAGACGAGCCUGUGGAUGGGUGAUUUGGACCCAUACAUGGAUGAGAACUUCAUCAAGCAGGCAUUUAGCGCUAUGGGAGAAUCCCCGUUUGGAGUCAAGAUCAUCACUCACAGGAUAACUGGUGGUUCAGCAGGAUACUGCUUUGUGGAGCUGGCAGAUGAAGCAAGUGUCGACCGCUGUGUCCAAAGACUGAACGGAAAACUGGUUCCUGGAUCAAACCCGCCCCGGAAGUUUAAGCUAAACUAUGCCACCUACGGCAAACGGCCAGAGGCAGGGCCCGAGUUCUCAGUGUUUGUGGGCGACUUGGCCUCCGAGGUGGACGACUUCCAACUGCACCAAGUUUUCAAGAAAUAUCUUUCCUGCAAGGGAGCCAAAGUAGUCACUGACCAGUAUGGAUACUCCAGAGGUUACGGCUUUGUCAAGUUUGGGGAGGAGGGCGAGCAGAAGAAAGCGAUCGAGGAGUGUCAGGGCACGAUGCUGGGGGGAAAGCCGCUCAGACUCAGUAUUGCUGUCGCAAAGAGCCAGAAGAUGAGCAACUACCAUGGGGGCCAGGGCCAGAAUUUCAAUAGCAACUACAACCAGUCCCAGUCUAGUUACUACGGAAGCCAAGGCAGCGGGGGUCAGGGGGGUUACUACCCUCAGUGGGGUGGCUAUGACCAGUACAGCGGCUACAACAGCGGCUACAACAGUGGCUAUAACAGUGGCUAUAACUAUAACUAUGGGCCCUAUGGAUACCCCCCACCAGGCCACAUGAUGCCACCACCUCCCAUGGGGGUGCCUCCCAUGUCCACUGACAUGUCAGGAACUGUAGAGCAGAGCCACGAGGAGGGUGGAGAUAUAGAUGAGGAUAACUCAGAAGAGCCCAUCCCUGAAUGUGACGUAGAGCAGUGGAAUAAAGAUUUUAUGCAACGCAGCGAGGAGCUCUACGACGCCAUGAUGAACUGUCACUGGGAACCCCUGGACUCUAUUAACUCCCCCAUCCCCUCCCUCUCCUGAUAAAUCAUCUUAUUCUGAUCCCUCCCUAAACCUUUCAUUUUUUUAUGAUUUUGUACGUCCCUUAAUCUGCCAUGAUUUAACCCCCACAUUGAUACCUUAAAGGUCAGCUUCAGUUCACCGUCUGUCACUGACACUGUUUGCCUAAUCCUGACUGAAGGCUGAGAGUACAUACAGAUGCACUCGUUCCUCUUCCAAUACUCCAAGUACACACGAAUAUUCACUUGAUUUUAAUGUUUACCAUGUUGGUAAUAUUCAGACAGUUGUUCAAUAAUCAAUGAUGUUACUGUAAUGCAUACUGUUUAGUAUGAAGUCCUCUAUGAACCAGAGCUGCGAGCUUUGGGAUGAAGUGCUGAAGUGUUCCUCUCUGCUGUUGACUGGCACACAGUAGCUGUAGCAUUGGAAACUGAAUGUCAUAAUUCAUGUUUCACCAUUUUAUUGAUAUCACUGAGGAACAAACUCCACUGUCGAUUACUUUUGUUGAUCCAUGUUGAAAUGGAGACACCAGCAAAGCUAACUUCGCUCAUUGGAUAUGGCCCUGACUUUUAAAAAGAGAUGUCUUGCUGAAGACAAGUUCAAACUAUGCUUUAAUUGUAAUUUGCCACGUACUUCAUCUUUGUCUAUAAUUAUCAUUAGAAUAUUUUCCUCCUGUUUUUUAAAUUUGUUCUGAUAGAUGAAGUAAAAGACACACAAAUAUGAGAAGAUGAUGACAUGUAAUUUAUCACUGUUUUUCAGACAAUGAGCGCAAUGUCUUUCUGUAUAAUAAAUGAAUGGUACAACCCCCUGACCCUUCAGAGCGCUGUGGAACUGUAAUGGUUGUCUGAGGUUGACCGCUGAUUUGAUCAGAUGUCACGGCAGCAUUCAUUUUCUGCUGUUGGAUGAUGUUUGAUGUUUUGUAUAUAUUUUCUUUGUGGAGAUGUUUUAUCAAUAAAACUGAGGAGGAAAACGGU